AUGGCAUCCCAGCAGAGCCUUCUGACAGCCCCCCUCCUGACCUCCAUCCUGGCCGCCGUGCUCGGAUCCCUGCAGAUCGGAUAUCACACCGGGAACGUUAACGCUCCGGCCAAGAUCAUUGAGGAGUUUUUCAACCACACCUGGAGGAGCAGGCACAACGCCUCCAUGCCAGACCACAGCCUGACUCUCCUGUGGUCGCUCUCCGUCAGCAUCAAGGACUUCGGGGCUCUGCUGGGCUCGGUGGGAGUCAAAUACGUGGCGGAUUGCUAUGGCAGGCGGAACUCCAUCCUGAUCGUGAACGGUCUGUCUGUGGUGGGCGCCUGCAUGAUGUUCGCCUCCAAGGCCAGCGAGUCGUUCGAAGUCCUCAUCCUGGGCCGGCUGGUGUUCGGCCUCUUCUGCGGCCUGGUGAUGAGUCUGAACCCGCUCUACAUCCAGGAGGUGUCCCCCACCAGCCUGAGAGGGGCCUUCGCCACGCUCAACCAGGUGUCCUUUGCCUCGGGCAUCCUGGUGGGAAUGGUUGCCGGUUUGGACACGGUGUUGGGCACUGAGCAUUACUGGGCCAUGAUGCUGUCCCUGUCUCUCAUCCCGGCAAUGGCCCAGUACCUGGUCCUGCCCUUCUGCCCCGAGAGCCCCCGCUACCUCCUCAUCAACAGGGGGGAGGAGAGCAGGGCGGAAGCCGCCCUGCUGAGGCUCAGGGGCCCCACGGACAAAGCGUACGCCGAGCUGGAGGAGAUGAAGGAGGAGGCGUCCCACACGCAGGGCGGCGUCACAAUCCGGCACUUCUUCCAGAAACGCAGCUACAGGAAGCCCAUCGCCCUGGUGCUCAUCAUCAACCUGGGGAGCCAGCUCUCUGGAUUCAAUGCGAUCAUCAACUAUUCCACCAAAAUGUUCCAGGCCAAGUUCGACCAGGCCAAAUAUCUGACUCUGGGUGUGGGAGCUGUCAACGUGACCUUCACUUUAGUCGCUUUCUUCCUGAUGGAGCGGGCGGGGAGGAGACGGCUGCUCCUGACCGGCUUCAUCUCCAUCGCCGUGUGCAACUUGCUCAUGACCAUCGUUGACUCGGUGCUGCACCUGGUCCCAGAGCUGCGGAGUCUGCAGGUCCUCCUGGUCUUCCUCCUGAUCUCGGCCUACGAGCUGGGCCCUGGACCCAUUUCCUGGUUCAUCGCCGCCGAGCUGUUCGACCAGCCCGGCAGGCCCAUCGCCAUGGCGUUCACCAGCAUGCUCAACUGGGGAGGGAAGUUUGUUCUGGCCCUCCUCUUCCCUCCAUUACUGAAAAUAUGCGGCGCUUAUGUCUACCUCCUCUUCAUGGUUGUGGCUCUGACCUCCUUCAUCUUCACCUGGAUUCGCCUCCCGGAGACAAAAGGUCGCACAUUCGACGAUAUCGCUGAAGAGUUCAGAGGAGCAGAGGGGAUCCUUUUGCAUCAUAAGGCCGGAUUUAACACUUUCAACUGAGAGAAAACUCCCAGUAUUUAUUAAUUCUGAGAGUGAAAAACUGUUCAAA